CCGGCUUCCGCCUUUCCUCGUCGCGGCUAUACGGCUAUUAUACCUACCAGCCACCACACCACCCUUCUCCCACACUUCUCCACUGACUCCUCGAGAUGGAUCCCGCGCCGGCGACCCCUCGCUGGAACCUGGAGCGGCCGUACCUCACCGGCCGCUUCCAUCAGGAGGCCAAGGUGGCUGCGGCGGCGCAGGGGGCCGGAUCCAAGCCUUACUCCCUCGACUCCUUCAGCCGCGGCGGCGGCGGCGGCGGCGGCGCUGAGAGUGUCAUCGGAUCGUACGCCGUCUCAGUGCAGGAGCUUUUGGUCAUUGAUGAUUUGUUAUCAGCUCUUGUGGGUAUUGAGGGACGAUACAUUUCGAUUAAGAGAGUACGGGGAAAGGAGGGGUAUGUUGUCUUCCAGAUUGAUUCUUCAAUGGACCUUGCACUCCAGGAAUUAACUCGUCGGAUUUUUCCCUUAUGUGAGGAUUUUGUCUUGGUAUACCAUUUUGUGGAGUCCAGAUCACAUUUCAAGAGUGGCCUGGUCAACCAUGCUCUAGCUGCAGCAUUGAGGGCAUUCCUCUUGGAUUAUCAGGCAAUGGUUGCUCAACUGGAGCACCAGUUCCGUCUUGGGAGACUGUCAGUUCAAGGAUUGUGGUUCUUUUGUCAGAGGAUGAUGAGUUCAUUGAACGCACUUGCUGUUCUAGUCGAGAAAGCUAUCUCCAAUAACACCAGUGGUUCUGCUACACUUAAUCUACUUCAAAGUCAGGCAAAGGCAAUGGCUGGCGAUAGUGCUGUUCGAUCAUUACUGGAGAAGAUGACAGAGUGUGCAAGUGCAGCGUAUCUUAGGAUGUUAGAAAGGUGGGUCUAUGAGGGCGUUAUAGAUGAUCCUUAUGGUGAAUUCUUCAUUGCUGAAAACAAAUCCUUGCAGAAGGAGAGCCUUACUCAAGAUUAUGAUGCUAAAUAUUGGCAGCAAAGAUACAGUCUAAAAGAUGGCAUCCCUAGUUUCCUUACCAAUGUUGCCGCCACAAUACUGACAACUGGAAAAUAUCUUAAUGUUAUGAGAGAAUGUGAGUACACUGUCCAGGUUCCCUUGUCAGAGAGUUCUAAGCUGAUGGGCUUUGGUUCAAACCACCAAUAUCUUGAAUGCAUCAAAUCUGCGUAUGACUUUGCAAGUGGUGAACUCUUGACUCUAAUGAAAGAUAAGUAUGAUCUCAUUGGGAAACUGCGAUCCCUCAAGCGAUAUCUACUUCUUGACCAAGGUGAUUUUCUGGUUCACUUUAUGGAUAUUGCCCGAGAGGAGCUUACAAAGAAACCAGAAGAAAUAUCUGUUGAAAAACUUCAGUCUCUUGUUGACAUCGCGUUGCGAAGUACGGCAGCUGCUUCAGAUCCAAGUCAUGAAGACUUGACUUGCUGUGUGGAAAGAAGUUCCCUCCUUAAGAAAUUGAGCACCCUGAAAGACUUGGAUUGUGCAUAUCCUUCAGACAAGCUUGUGGCAGCUGAUGUUGACCAUCCCAUGCCGUUAAGUGUGACUGGCUUGGAAACUUUCUGCCUGAGCUACAAGGUUCAAUGGCCACUAUCUCUAGUAAUUUCAAGAAAAUCUUUGACAAAAUACCAGUUGAUUUUUCGGCUGUUGUUCCACUGCAAGCAUGUUAGUCGACAAUUGUGUACAGCAUGGCAAAUUCAACAAGGUUUCCGUUCUGUCAAAAUCCUAGGAACACCAGUCCUACGGUCAUCAAUUCUUUGCCGCAGCAUGCUCAAGUUUGUAAACAGCCUUUUACAUUAUCUAACCUUUGAGGUUCUUGAACCAAAUUGGCAUUUGAUGCAUGAUCGGCUUCAAACUGCAAGGAGCAUAGAUGAGGUCAUACAGAUUCAUGAUUUCUUCCUGCAGAAGUGUCUAAAAGAAUGCUUAUUGUUGUUGCCUGAACUCCUUGUGAAAAUCGAGAAGCUGAAAGCUCUGUGUCUCCAGUAUGCGACUUCCAUCCAGCUAUUGAUACCAUCCAUUGAUGUUGCUAAGCCUGAAAAUACAUCAAAAUCUAGAAUGCCAAGAUCAAAAAUAAAAGAAACCAAAAACAGAGGCCAGCAACUGAAAUUGGCAUCGGAAAAUGUUGUAAUGUCAGAGUCAAUCUUGAAAUUCGAGGCAGAAUUCAAUUCAGAGCUUCAAAGUCUUAUUCCUACGCUGAGUAACAGUUCACAGGCAGAACCAUACUUGACUCAUCUUGGGCAGUGCAUUCUUGGUGUGGGAGUUGAUCAAUGAUUGCUGCGCGCCAUGUUCCGCGGACUUCAGACGAUUGCUAAGUUUGCAUGUGCAGUGUGGAAUUCCUCAUCCCCGUCAAGGCGGUGUUCUUGUGAAUGUAUUGAAUAUUGAUGAAAUAUGCAUGGUAUGCUUCAACAAGAUAGAUAGUACUGUAGGAUUUAUGUAGUGUUAGUUCUCUUGGUGGUGUUGGGCCGUGGGUAGUUUAGGCGUUUCUAGUUUGUUCUGUUUGAAGAUUAUGAUUGAACUCCUACGAAGAGAAACUGCCCUGUGGUACUGCUGCCACCAAUGUAACUUGAACUAGAUGUGAUGAAUUAGUGACACCACUAACAAUUUGUCUUGGGCCGUUGUUUCCUUGGAAAAUAUAAAAUAUGUAGUGGAAAUAACUAUCGUUGAAUUUAAAA